UUGUCCAUAUUCAAACUGGCCAGCUGAUAGGUUCUAUCAGGUCAUACAAAAAGCUGUAGGAAGAACAUCACUUCUGAGCCUGUGCUUACUAACCUAUGACCUAUAACCUAUGACUAACCUAAGUAAAGACAAUUUCAAAACAGAACUUGCAAGUUAGGCUUAGUAGUGGACUCACUUCAAACAUGUUUCAUUGCCUGGUCUUAGCAGAAGUCAAAAUUCACCUUGGCUUCACUGAGCAGAGACCUGCUUAAGCUGAAGCCUUCAUCAUACCACAGCGGUGUUACCCUGCUGAUUCUCCAUGUCCCAGUAACAUGCAGCAUCCACGUCUCAGCAUGCCACCAGCAGCUCCACAUUGCAUUUACAGCACCAGCUGACUUGCAGUGAAGGAGAAACACUAAGAGAUCCUCUGUACCAGAGGGAGUACUGGAACUACCCCAUCAGCAGGUACAGUAACACACUGUGUGACAGAAGUCCCUCCUUCCCCUAGGGAAACAGAGCUGAGUUGGUUCUUGAAAUGACAGACCACACCUUCAAGGUGGAGUCAAUCUGUACUCAAAACAAUUCUUAUCCAUCCAUCUACAUUCUAAGAAGUGUUUGGUGCCCCUUUCAAGUGGGGCCAGCUAGGCAGACCUACAGAAAUGUGAGUGCCACUUCCGUGUGUCUCAGAAUCACCAGCUCUACAGUGGUGACAUUGGCCAAGUCACAUGCACGAGGCUGGUUAUUCCUCCAGUGUGGGCCGGUAAUUACCCAUCCAUGCCCUGAAGGGCAGGCAAGCUCUUCCGCAGCUCACAGGAAAUAAUUACAGAGCAGCUCACCUUCCUGCAGCACAAAACUCUUCCUGAUACGUCCCAGAGGCACCAGCACCAUUACUCAUAGUGGGUGACGUUUCCCAGCCUGAUUCUCAUGCCCUACCACAGCCGUCCAUCCCACUCCCAUCUGGGGCUGGUGCAGCCCAGGACAGCACGGUGAUGCAGGGGAGUUGGGGAGGAAGUGGAGGACAUGGCUCUGGCUGUGGGAAGCAGCCUAUCAAGAAAUGCUUGUUUAACACACGGCAGAUCAGCCUGCCUCAGGAGUGAGCUGUUUCUGUAAAUCACAUAGCUUCUCGUGAGUCAGGAGCCCAACCCUUUAUUACAGAGUUGCAUAUUUUCAGAAAUCGCUGUAAUUAAGGGAUUUUUAUUGUUAACAUUUGUUGGUUUUCAUGUACCAGCCUGAGGUGGGAUCUGACUCCUUAGAACUAUUAAGUGCAUGGGUUUCUGUGUGGUACCAGCACCCAAAGGGAGUGAAAGCGUGGAAAGGGAUACCAAGCAAGCCAUCCUCGUUUGCCAAGAGAGACAGAUCAGUCCUUCUCUGAAUGCUUUUGAGGUCCCCUUUCCUAAAAAUGACAUCCACAGACUGUGGGGGCACUAUUGGAAAUGAUCAUGUAUGGCUGAGAAUGCUGAAAUUUGUAAUACUCAGCUGCUGUAAUCUGCAAACAGUGCUAAGUGGUAGAAAGAGGCAGCAACCACCUUCCAAAGCUGUUUCCAAGUACAUGCAAUCAAGAGAGUCACUGGUCAGCCACAGCAGGUGCCCACUUCUGCUCAGCCCCUAGGAAGUCACACUGAGGAUGAUCGCCAUGCAGAUCUUUAUAGAAAUUUCAUAAAAUAUAAGAAGAAAAAUAAUUGAGUUGUCUAGUCUGGCUACCCAUCCACCUCUUAUAAGUGCAAAGUGAACAAUUUGCAGCAGAAGACCAAAAGUUUAAAGUGUGUGGGGGUAACUAAAAACAGCAACAGAAGCAUGAAAAAAGCUCUUUACAGCAUAUAAUUAUUGCUUAGCUGCUGUAGUAAUGGGAAACAAGGCUACAAAUUACUUUCAGAGCUCUAUAUUUCCAUUGUUUUAAUAACUACAGCCCAUUUUUCGGAGCAUUACAAAAACAUCCUGCCUGCAGAUAGACUUUUAUGCUUUUUAAACACUGAUUGUAAACCUAAGUGCAGAUAUGUGGUUGGUGUGAGAGGGCCCCUGGGGAUGAGCAGCUCCACACAGGGGUGUUUUGGGAAGUCUCUGUAAACCGGUGUUGCCACCACUGGAUUAAUUAAUUGCAUAGUGGGCACUUGCUGACACGGUGUUUCAUCCUACUGCAGGAUUUCCUGGGAGGUUUUGGGACACAGUAAGACAAGGCAAAGCACACACUGUUCCCAAGGCGUGGCAAUGCACAGCAAGAGCACUGCUGGAUACUGUGCUUCUGCCUGUGAUGAUGGAAUGGGAAAGGGGGCAGCGGAGGAGAGCAGAGCUUGGCAAGUACCUGCUUGGUUGAUUUGUGUCCACGCAAACCUAUUUAUCCUACGUAUGGAAGACACCAUGCAGAACCUGAGGCAGAUGCAGCGGCAGAUGAGGCUGCUGGACAUGCGCCUGCAUCUGCUCCGUGAGAAGCUGUGUUCAUGCCGCCUGCACAGGCUGGCCCAUCACCGCUGCUGCCUGCACCUGCCCGACUGCCGCUGCUUGGGGAGAAGGGCCCUCGCUGCAAGGCUGGAUAUGGAGCGACGAAUGGACAGACUGAGAAGAAUUAGCAUGAUGUUGAACUCAUGCCAUAGUCAAAGCCAUUUGGCUUUGGUCGAUGUGAAGGGUUUUGACCCCAGCGACGUCUCUGUGAUUGUGAGAGACGGGAGGGUGACUGUGUCAGCAGAGCACAAGGAGGAGCACAACACCGCACUGGGAAAGACAUGUAACUACAGAAAAUUCAUGAAGGAAUUCAGCCUGCCGCCCGGGGUGGACGAGGAUGAGGUGACCUACUCUGUGGAAUCCAACAGCCUCAUGAAGAUUGAAGCGGCACCCAAGUGCUGCCCUCAUCUCUGCGACUUCUGAGCUGCAGCAGGGUGCUGAAGCCAGGCACAGUCAUUCCUCUGCCUCAUGCCUUCUCCCCAUCACAUUUAGGUCUGUCCCAGUAACUGUGUGUCAGCAGCCUCUCUUACCUCUUCCACAAAAGAAGACAGCACUCUGACCAGA